AUGACAAAACUACUAGAAAAAAUUAUUAACUCAAGACUAAUGUGGUACCUAGAAUAUAACAAUCUAUUAUCCAAUCUUCAACAUGGUUUCCGCAAAAAUAAUUCUACAUUGGACUCUUUAGCAAUUAUUGAAAAUGAAAUUAAAGAAACUUUCAAUCAAAAUAAAUACUUGGUUCUACUCAGCCUCGACUUACAAAAAGCUUUCGACACUAUAUGGCGCCACCGUCUUAUUAAAUACAAGGUACAGUUGAAUCUUAAGGGUAACAUAAUUAACUUCAUCACAAAUUACCUCUCAAAUAGAACAAUACAAGUAUCUAAUAAUGGUGCACUAUCUUUCCCAUUCAUUCUUCAUAAUGGCAGCCCUCAAGGCUCUCCUCUAAGUUCAACUCUCUUUCUUUUGGCUAUCAAUGACCUCCCAUCUAUCAUAAAACCCCCAAACAAAAUCACAAUGUACGCAGAUAAUAGUAACAUAUUUUGCAGGGGAAAUAAUCUACCAACUUUAUUUCAGCAGAUACAAAAUUGUAUAAACCACCUACUACAAUGGAGUAAAACUUCCGGUUUUACUUUCUCUCCAAUCAAAUCACAAUUCAUUAUUUUCUCAAAGAAAAACAUCCCCUACAGCCCAUCUCUUAAAAUGGAAAACACGAACAUUCCUCGAGUAUUCAACAUAAAAAUACUAUGCUUAACCUUUGAUUCAAAGCUAACAUGGCGAACUAACAUAAACAACAUAAAAAAUGAAGCAAAAUCUAAACUCAAUAUAAUAAAAACACUAAGUAACCUCGAAUGGGGUGCAGAAAGCAAAACAUUACAGACAAUACACAACUCAAUAAUCCUCUCAGCACUAGAAUAUGGCUCAAUACUAUAUGCAGGAGCAUCUGCGGUUACAAUCAAAACUUUAGAUCCUAUUCACAAUACAGCCCUAAGAUUGUCAAUUGGUGCUUUCAAAAGCAGCCCAGUUCUCAGCAUCAUAAACAUCACAGGCUCUAAAUCACUUGAAAAAAGGAGAAUAAAACAUACAUUGGAAUACUCUUCAAAAACAUUAAUAGCAACAAAAAAUCCCUUCAGCACUAUAUUAAGAAACUCAAUCAACCAAUUCCAAAAUAACGAUAUAAACAAUCUUGGCACUCGUACAGCCACCUAUGCCUCAGAUCUCAAUAUUACUUUUACAAACCAAAUUAAUCCUCAAGUCUCUGAACAACCACCAUGGAUUACCUCAAAUCUUCUCAUCUAUCUCAACCUAACUGAACACAAAAAAAAAGAAACCGAUUCCUACAUUUACAAAUCAAACUUCUUCGAUCUAAAAAACAGUCUUCCACCACAUCAAGAAAUAUAUAUUGACGCAUAUAAAAACACGGAAGGAACUGCUAUCGCAAUAAUCCAGCCAAACUCUCAAACAGCAUUUCAAAUCCCAUCAUACAACUCAAUCUAUACAGCAGAAUAUCUAGCUCUUUUAAAAGCCACACAAUUAGCUGCCUCCUCGGAUAUCCAAUCUUCAACCAUAUACACAGACUCUCUCAGCGCCCUCACAAACUUAGCAAAUCCACAAAAAAACAACCCAAUAGGCAACCUAAUAUUAAACAUUAUAUUCUUAUCCAAAAAAGACAUCAGAUUUCUAUGGGUACCUGGACACAACAACAUACCUGGUAACGAAAUUGUAGACGAAAUAGCCAAAAGGGCAACGAAAGAACCAACUGAUUUCUGGAAUAUAACAACACAUUUAGAUACAAAACUCUUUAUAAACACUAACCUUGACCAAACCUGCCUUCAAGAAUGGAGAUCAGUAAGAAACAACAAGCUAAGAGAAAUAAAAUCAUCCACCCUCCCUUGGUUGCCUGACACAUCACUCCCGCGUAGACAUCAAAUCGUACUCAACAGAUUACGAAUUGGCCAUACACGUUACACUCAUGAACAUCUAAUGAGCAAAAAGGAUCAACCAAUAUGCACCUCAUGCAACACCGUGACCACUGUCAAACACCUUCUAACAGAAUGCCUCCUCACAAAAGACACCAGAGACAAACUCAUGCUCCCAAGCAACCUUUGUGAAAUACUAGCACCAAACACGGAAAGAACAUCUUCACUCCUAGAACUUCUCAAAGAAACAAACCUUCUGCAAAAAAUAUGA